AUGGAGUCGCCGCGCUGGGAAACACUGCCGGGAUCUUCAAGCAAGCCGGGCGCAGAUAGCCCGACAAAGACUACCCCGGGAUGGGCGCGUUUCCGGCGCGCACUGGCGGCGGAGCCUUCAGAGAAGUUCGUCGUGUCUGACAGUGAAGAGGAACGGCAGCGACGCGUGAAGGCGAGACGCGUCGUGCUCGCGAAUGUUAACAUGAAUGAGCUCCCGGUGAUCGAGAUAUCCGACUCGGAAGACGAGGACGAGUCAAGCACGUCCGUCGUCGCACAAAAGGGUGACUCCCAGCCCUCAGCGGGGAAUCCCGACGGCUCUGCUCAACAAACGCCACAGGCUACGCGCAUACGCCUUCUAACACUCCACGCGCGACGCGUAGUUGUCAGCUCUGAUUCUGAGGUUGAGAAUGGUGACGUCAAACAGGGUCGGCCACCCGCGACCACUCAGGCCGCGCCCCGGCGGAGGCUGCCAUUGGACGACGAUAUCAUAGACCUGACGGAGACUCCGCCCGGGUCAGAUCACGAACAAGAGGAGCCUCGAGACCCUGAACCUGCCGAAGAAUUUUCGGAGGCGAAGGAGUGA